UCUGGUCCAGGUAAAAUAACAUACACCCUAGAGCCUGUAGAUGGAGAUGAUGGUGUCUUAGACUUCUUCAUGGUUGGUCUAAAAACUGGGGAAGUCUUUGUUGCUAAGUCUUUGACCUCUGACCCCCAGAAGCGACCUAAAUAUGUGUUUGAUAUUGUUGCAACUGACAAUGGUCUACCCAAGAAACAAGACAGAUCUAGAAUCACAAUAACAGUUCUCCGCAACUCUAAUGCUCCCCAAUUUGUGAAUGCCACCUAUACAGCAUUAGUUGACGACAGGGAGAUUCCAGGUUUUGUUGUUGUUAGGGUUGAGGCAACAGAUGAUGAUGUAAAAUUGCAACCAAAUAGCCCUAACAGUCAAAUAGUCUAUUCCAUCGAUCCUAACAAUGCCGAUGCAAAUCAAUAUUUCGCUAUCCA